CAGUGUGUGAUUCUGAUGGCUCUGUUCUGUCGGCAGUGUGUGAUUCUGAUGGCGCUGGCUGCCGGACGGUCUCGGAUCAGGACAGUGAAGCCCACGUUACACACGGAGACGGCCAUCCACAUAGCCGAGCGACUGACACAGGCCAAGUUUUCUGUCGAAAAGUGCGACUCUGAAUCGGGCGACAGUUACAUCAUCGAGUGCGAGGGCAUUGGUCACUGCCGGGACCGACAGGAUCCUGAGACGUAACGUCUGUGACACUGCUGAACAGAGGGAGGCCAUAGCCAGGGUGUGAGACUCAGCACCGAGGCAGGGGCAGGGCGUCCGGCGGCCCGUCUGAGUGACUUACCCAGCCAUCAGUGGUAGCUUUGAAGGCCGGCUGGCUGGGAGGAAGAUAUCGUACGCGGGCAGAUAACCUCGUCCUGUGACCAGAUGUCAGGCUGAGCUGAGCUCGCUAGCGAAAAUGCAUCCAGUCUUAUUUUCUUUGCCGUGUGAUCCUGUCUGUCUGUGAUAACAAGUCACAUAUUUGUGUUUGAUGUGCCGGAUUUGUGAUCAGUGUAAUGCUGUGUUUUGCUAUGUUUUGUGGCAAAUGCAUGUUAAAACCUGUUUUUGGUGAAUGAAUAUAUCAAUAUUCCCAUCCUCA